UUUACCAGUUCAACUUCACCGUUGUUGGUUCGAGUCCGCUGGUGGCACAUUUCCACAUUGUAGUCAGUUCAACAGGACUGGACUGAUUAAAACUAUGGAGACUUCAACACCAGCUCCUCAGAAAGCCAACCCCACCUCUAGGGAAGGACCUGCAAGCAUCAGUGUUUCACCCAUAUGCACUGCAGCCACUGAUGUAAAGUCAUAUCCCCAACGUGAACGAAAACCAAAACGUCUAGGUGAUGAUUAUGAAGAUGGAAUAAAUAUGAAUAGGGAGCAUAAGAAAUUAGGCUCAGCUUCCAAAAAGAGAAAGAAAACAUCACCUGAGUCUGCAAACACUGAUGAGACAGUGGCGAAAUCUAAAUCUUUAGAAGACAGUUUUUGCAAUAGUAUUUCACAUUUAAAAUCAGGUAGUGAAUCUGUCAGUUCUUUUCAACCUUCCAACCUGGAAGCACUAAAAUAUGUAGAUAAAGAUAAAACAAAAGAUCUCAGUGAAUUCCUGAUUAUAGACUCAAGUGAUGACAGUGAGUAUACAUUUGAGAACAGAGAACAGUAUUUGGAGCUUAAAAAAGAGGUUGAACGUGUUCGAACUACUAAAAGAUUGGCUCUUGAGGUCAAACAAGGUGUAGGUAGCAAAAAUAAAUCCUGCAAUAAUGAUCGCACUAAUGGAGCACAUUCACAUGUGGGAAUUGCUGAAAGUGGUAUUGGGACUACAAGAGAAACAAAGUUGCUUGCUUGUGAAGACAUUGCACAAUCCGAAAAUCAACAAUUAGAUACAAGUAUUAGCACAGAUUUGUCUCGGCGUAAAGGAAGGCGAUCAGUGAAAUCUGUAAAUUAUGCAGAACUUGAUAAAGGACUAGAUCUAUCUGAAAUGGAUAAAAGCAAAGAAAACCAAACUGUGAACACUUCCAAAAAAAAAUCUCGUGGAGGUAGACAGAGUAAAAAAGACUUAUUGUUAACCCAGUUGAAAGAUAAAUAUGAGGAUGUUUCUUUAGGAAAUGUUGAAGAUAAUGAUACCAAAUUUAAUGAGAGUUCAAAAAAAGAACUGGACAAUGAAAAUGAAAAGGUGAUUGAAAUGCCUAAAAAGAGAGUAAGAAAAUCAGACUGCAAGGAUCUCAGUGUAUCAGAUGUGCUUUCAGAUGAUAGCAAUGUAACCAUAGAGACAAGUUUGGAUGCAGAGUCUUUUCUGAGUAAAACAGUACAAGAAAAGGGGUUGAUUGAAGAACCUGUCCAAAAGAAGAAACGGAGAAGAAAGCCUAAAAGACAGGAACAACAUGAAGAAUCCAUAAAUGAGGGUGAGUCUUUACUAAAUAAUACGACCAAUGGCAUACAAGAGGCGUUUGAAAAAACAGAUAAACCUAUGCAGGAAAGAAAACGAAGAAGAAAGCCUAAAAAUCAGGAAUCACUUGAAGCAUCCAUAAAUGAAGGCGAGUUGUUCCUGAACAAUACAAUGAAUGGCAUACAGGAAGAGUUAGAAAAAACAGAUGAACCCUUGCCGAAAAGAAAAAGAGGAAAAAAGCCAAAAAAAGAUGCUGUCGUGCCUGAAGUAAAUGCUUGUUUGAAUCAACCCUUAUCUGCUGAUGGGACGGCUGGUGUUGCUGGAGAAGUAGUCAGUAAAAGAGGGCGUAAGAGAAAAGCUGUGGAUUAUUCCUCAUUGGCUGAUGAAGGUCCGGAGGACCCUGAACACAACAAGAGUAAAAAUGACGAGGAGUCUCAGGAUCAAGAGAAAGAAAAGUCUCAGAGGUCAGGAGGACAACAGUUAAUAUGCAAGCACUGUGCCUUCGAAUCAACAUCGGUGGCAAUGAGAAGUCAUUAUGCUAUACACCAUCACCUUGCGUGGUCCAAGGAGAAUGAGGCCGGUAGCUGCGAGAGUCGAGAAGACAUACGGCAGAUACUCAAGUACAGAAAGUCUCUGUCGUGCCCCAAGUGUGACAAGCAGAUCAACUUUGACUUCUACUACUGGCAGCAUUUGGAGUGGUGUGGACGAGAGAAUGAGACAUACAUCUGUGAGCACUGCCAGAAAGGCAAUCUGAAGGCAAAGUGGCAGGCGCUGCACAUCAAGACCUGCCCUGGUCUCGUGAUGAAGAACCCAGCCCCUACCAACCCUGUAGCCACAGCUGAGGACAGUAACCAUAGCGAUGACACACCCACUGCAGGUGGCAGAAAGAAAAGAAAGGCGUAUAAGAAGGCGAUGACAAUUGUCCAAAACAUCAGUAAGGAGAUGGGGACAGAAGGUGACAGUGAUGAUGGAUCAAACCGCAAAGAUCCAGACGUGAAGCUAGAUAGCGACUUUGAAGGUGAUGAAGAUGAUGAAAUUGACGAUGUUGACGAGAACAUCAGCAAUGAUGAGGAUGGUGCUGCAGAUGAUGAUGAUGAUAGCGAGGAUGUGAAUGAUUUACAAGGCAUUGAUACAAGCGUCAAUCGGCUUGGCAUGAAAAGAGGAAUUCCAUAUGACUGGCAGUAUCACAUGAUGUUCUAUGAUAAAACUUUGAAGCUGCAAAAGAGUCUCCAUAGAAAUGUGAUGUUCCCAGAAUGGUUGCCAAGGAUAGACAGCUUCAAGUCACUCAUAGACAGCGAAGCGGAACCCUACCUGCCAAAGACUAAGGCCAGUUUACAGACCUUGUCAGACACUGGUCCAAAGAGAGUGAAUUUGCUGGAGGGCUGUGUCAUUGAUGGUUACCCGACCUUGAACACAGGUCUGGAUGUGUGGAGGCUAGCCUGGUGUCCCCAGCCCCCUGACAGUGGGGGGGAGCAGGUGCUGGCUGUGGUGGGCAAACUGUCCAGGGACCAUACCCUAGGGGCCAGGAACCAGUAUGUGGGUCCUGGGGCUGUGCAGAUCUGGGGCUCUGGUGUCACCUCAAACAUAAGCUCAACUACACUUCACCCUCCCAGGCUGCUGUUCAACCUGGCCCACGACUCUGGUCAUGUGACUGGGAUGGCUUGGUGCCCAACAGGAGCGUAUCAGUCUGCGUGUGGAGGGGCUCAUCAGGUUACAGAGUGCUACAGGAGGCUAGGACUGCUGGCCCUGGCGUUUACUGAUGGAACUGUGUGCAUCUUCAGCAUUCCAAGCCUGGAUGCCCCUGGUGAGGGUGAGGUGAGGACGCUGAAGGUUGAGCCCUCUGUGACCCUGCUGGCGCACCGUGAGCCUGAACGAAGGGGCCUGACCUGCACCUGUCUGGACUGGGGACCUGUGAUGAUGCCAGAUAGGAUACUCACUGGCUACUCUGAUGGCAGUGUGCGGCUGUUCCAUCUAGUGACCGCGUCCCCCCUGCAGUGGCUGAGAACUGAUCACCCCCGGCAACUGUUGCCGUGCAGCACAUACCAGUUCCACUCCUCCCCUGUGAGAGCAUUACGCUGGUGUGGUACUGAAGAGCACAAGGUGGCUUCCACUGCUGACAAAUUCGACACGAUAUUCCGUGACCUUGAGAAUCCAUGUUUCCCGCAGAGUGAUGUUGACAGCGUCUUCAUGGCGACCUCUAUGGCAUCCGCAUACUUCUAUAAUGGAAUCUUCAUUGCAUCCGAUGAUAAUUAUGGACUAAACACAAAUCGUGCUCGCUAUUUGAAGUGUCGCACCCUAAUGUAUCAAGGAACUCCACUGAAACGGACAGACGAGUCGUAUUCCUACUACCUCUCAAAUCAACAUUGUGCAAUCUGGGAUAUCAGCGUGUCCAACUGGCUGAACUUUGGGAUCAUGUGUGAUGACCUGGGGCGUGUGAUGGGCAUUCCAAUGAGAGACCUCCUGAAGAUGCCUGUGGACACCAAGACAUACAGACAGAGACAGCAACUGGUUUCUACUGAAAAGAAGUACUCAAAGCAUUUGCCAGAAAGUGUCUCUAACUUAAACUCCACCCAUUCUGCACCGGACCAAUCAAAUUCAGACUCAUUGGGCACCUGUGUUGAAACAAACCAAUCAGAAUUGAGCAAACAGUCAACAGAACAAAGGUCCAAGUCAGAUCCUAAGAAACGAACAAGAAACAAAGUACAGUGCACAGAAAUCAGUAUUACUGACAAGCAGGACUUGCUAGUGUUCACAGACCACAAUCAGAUACGCAAACAAGCUGUACCUGAUGAACCUUCGACAGACCGGAACCAGAGGUUUGAGGCUCUCUCAGAUGUGGCCUUAAGAGCAUGCCAGUUCAAUCCCAAUCAUCAGCAGUGCUGCUGGCUGGCCUAUGGAGGGGUCCAUGGCAUCGUGAGGCUGUCCAACCUGAUCCAUCUACUGCCUACCCACUCGCAGAAAACCAUCAGAGACAACAAUGUGACCAACACCUGAUACAUUUUCAACAACCAUAGGUUGGCAGAAUGACUUGUAUUGUAAGUAACUCGGCAAUGAGACCAACACCUGAUACAUUUUCAACAACUAUAGGUUGGCGAUGACUUUUGAAAAUCUGCAAUGAGAGCAACACCUGAUACAUUUUCAACACUAUAGGCUGGCAGAAUGCCUUUUAAGCAACUCAGUAAUGAGACCAACACCUGAUACAUUUUCAACAACUAUAGUUUGGCAGAAUGACUUGUAUUGUAAGCAACUCGGCAAUGAGACCCACACCUGAUACAUUUUCUACAAGUAUAGGUUGACAGAAUGACUUUUAAGCAACUCGGCAAUGAGACCAACACCUGAUACAUUUUCAACAACUAUAGGAUGGCAAUGACUUUAAAGCAACUCGGCAAUGAGACCAACAUCUGAUACAUUUUCAACAACUAUAGGCUGGCAGAAUGAUUUUAAAGCAACUCGGCAAUGAGACCAACACAUGAUACAUUUUCAACAAUUUUAGGUUGGCAGAAUGACUUUAAAGCAACUCAGCAAUAAGACCGACACUUUUACUUCUUCUAACCAAAAGCUUCACAGACUGACUUUUUUACUUUUGGCAACAAGGUCCUGUACACAUCCAAUCUUGUUUUGAUGCAACUCAACAAACAACCAAAUGCCACCAAACAUUACUGUUGCAUUUUGUGGCCAUAAGAUAAUACAACAUCACUGUAAUCUCCUAUGUAGCAUUAUUUUUGGAUAAUGUUGCUAGGUUCAGACAUGUUCCACAUAUUAAAGCAAAGUAGUCUAAAAAGAUUAAAAAUAAAACAUACCUUGUAUUGUUUCUAAUUCAUGUAUAUAUCUUUUGAAUAAAAUUUAAAAAUACAUCUGCAUUGAGCUUGUUAAAAUCAUGGGGCUAAGAAACUGUGGCGCAUAUAUGUAUGUAAUAUUUGGUAAUGCACCAGGAUUUAAUCAAUAUGUUAUAUGUUUUAGGUAACCUAUGUUUUCCAAUAUUGUUAAAUUAUAGAAUCAAUUCUUUACAAAAAAGCCCCGUGUUAAAAUGGCAUGAAAUGUCACUUCCUACGCUGGCACAAGUAAACAAAUUCAAAAUGAAUUGAGCAUUGUUCUUUGAAAACUAGGCUAAAUGCAAGUGUGUAAAGUGUCGUCCCAGAUUAGGCUUUGGUAUUUUUUGUUUCAAGGAAGUCUCUUUCUAGCAUAGAUCCAGUUUAGUGUCAUUCCUUAUUAGAACAUGGGGGCUACACAAGCUAAUCUGAAGACCUAUAGCUGCUUUUGUCGAUACUGAUUUUACAGUUAUUGCAAUUACAACUAUUGCAUAUUUUGUAAAUUCAUUCUAUUCUGGUUUAUAUCAAUAAUUGUAUUAUGCAUGGUUUAAACAAGUUUAAUGUAACAUUGUGUAUUAAUUAUUGGCUAUUUUUAAUAUAUCGCACUGAUUUGAAGAUAUUAUUUUGAUAACUGAUUUCACUUAUUUUUUUGUUGGUGAACAACUUUUAGUAUUUAUAUGAAUCGUUUUUUUUUGUAAAAGCAAAAUGUUUUUUUUUGUCAUUUAGCAUCUGCUUAGCAUCUGAUUUAAAGUCAUUGAUGUUUCAUGAAAUAUUUUAGUAUCCUCUUCCUGAUGUAAUACUAAGCUUGCCAUUGGUUUGAUUAUAAAUGAAAGUCCUGAACGUGUAUACACUACAGCAUCAAGUCAUGAUUUCAAAACAGUUUUAAAUAAGUGAAUUGUUUCAUGCUGGAUUGCCAAAAGUAUUGUGUUGUUUUUACAAUACACAUCUUCAUUCAGUUCCGAUGUGAUAUUCCAUGUUGAUGAUAGAACUUGCAUACAAAAAUUUGUGUGAAAUUAUUACCAUGGAUAUUAUUAUGUCUGAGAUUUAAUUAUGCAUUCUGGCAAUUCAUAGAUAACAUGAAUUAUUUAACUAUGAAACUUGCCAUACUCUGGUAAAUCAUUUAUAUAUGUUGCAUAUGUUGUCAUGAUUUUAAUGCGCCAAUUUUGUCUAUUGAUUGUUGUUUAUCAGCCAUUAAAUAUCAAUGUUUA